UGCAACACUAACAUGCCGCAGUCGGCGCCCACCGAGAAGCCGUCGCCGCUCUUCUUCAACAGCGCCCGCGGGUCGCGCCAGUCGCCGUUUGGCCGCCCGGGCUCCAUCCGCCAGGGCUCGCCCGCCGCCGCCCGCCCGUCGACGCCCACGAGCUCGCCGCUGAAGCCCAAGGAGACGCCCGGCCCCGCGUCGCCCGUCCUGCUGCGCCCCAACAGCGCCGCCCCGCAGAGCGCUCCGUCAUGGCUGAAGACAGGCGGUGAACCGCUGUCGCCCGGCCCGCAGCUGCUGUCGCCCGCCCGCGACCGCCCCGAGUACGCCCGCAACACGUCCAGCGCCAGUGCCCCGCGUCCACUCAGCACAGCGUCGCUCGCCGCCAUGUUCGACGGCGGCCGCGAGCGCUCCAGCACGCCUCCACUGGCCGCCCGCGCAAGCACCCCCCCCUUCACCGCCCGAGCCAGCACACCGCCGCUGUUCCUCCGCGACAGCACGCCCCCCGUCGCCUCGCCCCUCGCCUCGCCCGCCGUCUCGCCUGUCAUCUCGCGCGCCGUCUCGCCUCUCAUCCGCCAAUCCACCAACGACGCCCUCUCCAAGCUCCCCCCGCCCCUCCUCCACAGCAUGCGCGAGUCCUUCUCGGUCAUGGACCGCGACGACGACGGCCACGUCACGCCCCCGGACGUCGCAGACAUGCUCUCCCAGCUCGGCCUGAGCGCCACCCCGUCCACCCUCUCCGCCUACUUCAACGGCGCGCCCUCGCUCAACCUCGCCACCUACCUCAACACCCUCGCCGACCUGCUCUCGCACCUCUCGCGCCCCGCCGAGCUCAGCGCCGCCUUCGCCGCCUUCGACGAUGGGGAUGAUGGCCAGAUCGACCUCGCCGAGCUGAAAGACGCGCUGCUGCACACCCCGCCCGAGGAGGGCGGCGGGCGUCUCACCGAGCGCGAGAUUGAAGGGGUGGUCGAGGGCUUCAGCGGGCGCAGGGCGUUUGGCAAGGCCGGGAAGGGGUUGGGGAGGGGGGAGGUGUUUAGGUAUCAGGAGUUUAUGGCGAGUCUGGUGGGGGGGCCGGGGGAGGCGGAGACCCAGGAUUGA